CCAAAUAUCAUGGUUCAGAAUAUCUUGGAAAUAUGCUUCAGAAAGAGUGGAACGAAGAACUACAGAAGAAAGAUCCAAACGUACUGAAAGCUGUAUUACGAUUAGUUGGAUGGAAAUUCUUAACAUUAACUUUACUUACAUUGAUUCAGGAAACGGCGGUAGUUGCAGGAGAAUUAUACUUUUUAGGAUUAACAGUACAUUAUUUUGAAAAUAGGUCGGAAUGGAAUUCAUACAAUAUUUACUUAAUCAUUGCCGGAUAUUUUGUCAUGGUUGCGAUUAAUUUGGUAUCAUAUAAUGCUGGUUUUAUUAUAACAGAAUUAAUUGGAAUGAAAUUAAAGAUAGCUUUUUGCACAAUUAUAUAUAGAAAAGCAAUGAGGUUAAGUCCUUCAUCUCUUGAAAAAUCGAAUGUUGGGCAAAUGGUAAAUCUUGUAGCAAAUGAUGUCAGCAAAUUUCAAAAUGCAAUGAGGUUAAGUCCUUCAUCUCUUGAAAAAUCGAAUGUUGGGCAAAUGGUAAAUCUUGUAGCAAAUGAUGUCAGCAAAUUUCAAAAUGCAAUGAGGUUAAGUCCUUCAUCUCUUGAAAAAUCGAAUGUUGGGCAAAUGGUAAAUCUUGUAGCAAAUGAUGUCAGCAAAUUUCAAAAUAAUAUUCACGGAAUUCCAUAUUUAUUUUCAAAUCCUUUUUCAAUUAUCACUAUGAUAGCGAUAUUAUGGCAAUAUUACGGAUGGACUAUUUUACUAGGAUUCUUGGCCAUAUUUCUCUACAUUCCUAUACAAUUUCUUUUGAGUAAACUAUAUUCAAAAUUCAGAUUACAAGCAGCUGUAUUGGGAGAUAAAAGAAUGAACCUGUUGAACGAGAUGAUUGCUGAUAUGAGAUUAAUUAAAAUGUACACCUGGGAAUUGCCAUAUGCUGCAUUAGUUGAGAAAAUCAGAGAGAAAGAAAUGAAAAAAGUUCGAGUGUUUUUAUAUGCAAGAGGAAUAGCGCAUAUAUUGGGUUAUCCUAUAUGUAGAUUAUUUACUUCCCUCACAUAUCUUGCAUUUUUCUUAAAUGGAGGACAACUGAAUGCUGAAAUUAUAUAUAUUACUAUGGCUGCUUCUGCACAUAUUUUCGGUAGCACUACCAUUCUAUUUUCACGUGCAGCAGAUUGUGCUGCAGAAGUUUUGGUUUCUUUGAAGAGACUUCAGGAUUUCCUUCUUCUUCAAGAAAAAGAUGACGAGACUCUCAAAGCUGUAGAAGAGAGCAAAAUUUUAACCGAAUGUGGAAUAUGGAUGAAUAAUGUCACGGCUACAUGGAAAAAAGAAACCUACCCAACAUUAAAUGAUAUAUCUAUAAACGUACAACCUGGAGAAUUAUUAACUGUUAUAGGCCCUGUCGGAUCAGGAAAGACGUCUUUCUUAUUGUCCAUUUUGGGAGAAAUUCCUGUUACUUCCGGUAAAGUGAUAGUGAGGGGAAAAAUUGCUUACGCUUCUCAAGAAGCUUGGGUAUUCAACGGAUCAAUCAGAGAAAAUAUCUUGUUCGGAGAAGAAUACGAAGAGGAGAAAUAUAAAAAAGUUCUGUAUAUAACUGCUCUAGAAAAGGAUAUAAGUUUAUUUCCUAAAGGAGAUCUAACUGUUGUGGGUGAAAGAGGAGUGAUAAUGAGCGGUGGGCAAAAAGCAAGAAUUAAUCUAGCAAGAGCAUUAUAUCUGGAUGCCGAUAUAUUCCUCCUUGAUGAUCCACUAAGUGCUGUUGAUGUACCAGUAGCAAAACAUAUCUUUGAAAAAUGUAUAAUGGAAUAUCUGAAUGACAAGAUUUGUAUUUUAGUUACGCAUCAAGUGCAAUUUUUAAACUCUGCAAGUAAAAUUUUAGUGUUAAAUAAGGAAAAAUUUGAAAUCGUUGACAAUUAUAAGAGAAUAGAAAAUUUAGAAAUGCUUACAGGAAUUUCAUCUGAUAAUGAAAUCGCUGAAGAUAGGAUGAAAUUAGAAACUGGUCUUUUGAACGAUGAUAAAAUAUUUGAAAGUACUCAAACUGAUAUGUCUUGUGAAACUGAAAAUAUUGAUUGUAACAACAGUAAUUUGGAGAAUGAAAAUAAAAAAAUACCACCUGACGAUGUAGAAGUUGGAACAAUAGGAAUUUCAGUCUAUAAAGAAUAUUUGAAUGCUGGAUCAAGUUUUCUCUUCAGGAUAUUGUUAUUACUAAUGCUACUUGUAGCACAAUCCAUUACAAAUGGCAGCGAUUAUUGGCUAAUCAAAUGGUUGUAUAACAAACGGAUCUAUACAAAAAAUGUAAAUAAUGUUGAAAAUCUGAAAUUUAAUUCAACAAUAUUUAACAAUAGUGAAGACCAAGGUUUAUAUUAUAGUGACAAAUAUAAUGUAUAUGUUUACCUUGGACUAACAUUUGCAGUAUUAUUUAUGAUGAUACUUUCUGGAUUACUAUUGUAUAAUUUUUUCAUUGCUGCAUCUUUGAAGCUGCACAAGAAUAUGUUUCAAUGUAUUAUUCGAACUCCAAUUUCAUUUUUGGAUAAAAUUCCUGUUGGAAAUGUUCUAAAUCGAUUUUCUAAAGAUGUGAAUAACGUAGAUGACAUUUUACCUAACAAUGCUCACCAAUUGUUGAAAGCAUUCUUUCUGUUUGCUGGAACAUGUGUUCUUCAAGCAAUCCUCUGUCCUUAUGUUUUCAUAUUGAUAUUUGUCAUUUCAAUCUUAUUUUACGCUAUGUGGACAAUACACAGCCGUGUGCUGAACAGCAUAAAAGUUAUUGAAGGAAAAUCAAGAAGUCCGGUAUUUUCUCAUCUCAGCGUAUCUCUUUAUGGACUAACAACAAUUAGAGCAUUUAACGCUAAAAAUAAAUUUAUUUCCACUUUUAAUGAAUAUCAGGAUAAGCACACUGCAACUUGGAUCAUUUACAUUUCAUUAAAUCGAUGCCUGGCUGUAUAUGGUAACAUCGUUUGUUACAUAAAUUUACUUAUUACUGUUAUUAUUUUCAGUGUAUCUAUUCAUCCAGAUGAAGCAGGAAGCCAAAUCGGACUUGUUAUGAGUUAUACAUUGUUAUUUGUUAUGCUUUUUCAAAACGCUAUUAGGUUUACUUCUGAAGUGGAUUUUCAGGUAAUACGUGUACAACUAAUCUAAUAGUGUAUUUAAUGUUAACCUUUUUGUUAAUUGUACGUAUAAUU